AUCGCAUGUCUGAAUCAGCUGACAUGUGCAGUGGGAUUCAACAUGGCGGCGGCCCGGUGAAACUUGCGGGACGCACCCGUAGGUACUAAAUCAUUUGUCUGUCUAAUGUUUAUUGAUCCAUGGAGCAUAUAAAUAGAAUGUUUGUCUGCUGUACCAUACAUUCCCUGAGGAAGCAUAAAGCAGAACGAGCGUUGGGGGUGGCGGUCUCUCUCGGUAAGGGUUCUCCCAGACCACGCUGACCCUGUGCUGCAUCGUACCUACCAGUGCGCUUGGAUUUCAGCAGAUGGGCGCUUUGCUUUGGCUGGCAGUUAGCCUGAUGCACUUUGUAUCAGAAUGAUAACUAAAAGCAUUCCAGAGUUAUUAAUGUUUAAAGUGACAGUGGUCAAAUGUGCAAAAAAUGGCCGGGUCCUUAAGGUGUAAAAUGGCCGGGUCCUUAAGGGGUUAAUAUUUAUGUAUAAAAAACAGAUUUACUGCAGAGGAAUAAGAGGAGGAGGAAAGGAUUAUUAUCAUUAUAAGAAACCAACUUCAGCCUCGUCCAGGACCUGCCAUGUAUCUGCUGGAGGUGUAGGACCUGUGAUGAUGCCACAAUCAUGUGACCAGUACAUGUGGGGGCGGAGCUCAGCAGGAUAGGAGAGAUUGUGGAUGAAGGACCUGUGAGGAUGGUCAUGUGACAGGAGUGGGCGGGGCUCAGCAGUAGUAGCGGACAUGUGACCAGAAGGGGAGGAGCUCAGUGAAGAGGAGACGUGGUGUGAGGUGAGGUCUCCAGAACUGACCCCAUUAGGACAUCGCUGUCUAUUAUUCAGUGGAGGAGUUGGAGGACACAAGGAUCUGUACCAGGACAUAGUCAUGAUGGAGGAUCACCGGCCCCUCACAUCACAAGAUGGAGUCAUUGAUAGAAAUCCACCCGAGAGGUGUCCCCGCCCUCUGUAUUCCCAGGACUGUCCAGAGGGAAAUGUCCCAGAGAAGCAUCAGGUUGAAGAUCAGAUUAAUAUUAAGGUUGAGGUUAAAGAUGAACCAGAAGAGGAGACGGAUUGUUGGUCCGAUCAGCAGUGUAUGAGGGAAGUGAAGGAGGAAAUUCCAGGAGGUGUUGUCCCAGAUGGAGUCAUUGAUAGAAAUCCACCCGAGAGGUGUCCCCGCCCUCUGUAUUCCCAGGACUGUCCAGAGGGAAAUGUCCCAGAGAAGCGUCAGGGUGAAGAUCUGAUGGAUAUUAAGGCUGAGAUUAAAGAUGAAGCAGAAGAGGAGACGGAUUUCGGGACCGAUCAUCAGUAUGGAGUCAUUGAUAGAAAUCCACCCGAGAGGUGUCCCCGCCCUCUGUAUUCCCAGGACUGUCCAGAGGGAAAUGUCCCAGAGAAGCAUCAGGUUGAAGAUCAGAUUAAUAUUGAGGAUGAGGUUAAAGAUGAACCAGAAGAGGAGACGGAUAUUUGGUCUGAUCACCCGUGUACGAGGGAAGUGAAGGAGGAAAUUCCAGGAGGUGUUACCCCAGAUGGCGUCAUUGAUAGAAAUCCACCCGAGAGGUGUCCCCGCCCUCUGUAUUCCCAGAACUGUCCAGAGGGAAAUGUCCCAGAGAAGCAUCAGGGUGAAGAUCUGACGGAUAUUAAGGCUGAGGUUAAAGAUGAAGCAGAAGAGGAGACGGAUUUCGGGGCCGAUCAGCAGUAUGAAGUCAUUGAUAGAAAUCCACCCAAGAGGUGUCCCCGCCCUCUGUAUUCCCAGGACUGUCCAGAUGGAAAUGUCCCAGAGAACCAUCCGGUAGAUGAAGCUAAAGCAUUUCCAAAAUAUGAUCAGAAAGAAAAUCCCAGUAAGAAUUCUGAGGGAAACUUCAUGUUAUCCCUGAAUGAUAAAGGAGAAGAUGAAGAUAUGAUGGAGCGCUCCUCAGGAGAAGACCUCCUUACCCCUAAUGUCCAUCCAGAUCUAUCCUGUAAUAAUCUACCUGAUCAUGAGGAACCUUCACCUGACCAACCACACAUUGUUACCACAAGGACAGAGCAGGAUCAUGGGAAAGGUUUAUAUUGUGAGGAAUGUGGAAGAGAAUUUUCAAAAAGAUCAUCUCUUCUUAAACACCAAAAAAGUCACACAAGAAAGCUGUAUGUGUGUUCUGAAUGUGGGAAAUGCUAUAAAAGGCAAUCAGCUUUUAUUUUACAUGAGAGAAUCCAUACAGGGGAGAAGCCAUAUUCAUGUUCAGAAUGUGGGAAAUGUUUUAAACGAAAAUCAUGUCUUUCAGAACAUGAGAGAACUCACAAAGGAGUGAAUUCAUGUUCACAAUGUGGGAAAUGUUUUAUGCAAAAAUCGCAACUUUCUAGACACGAGAAAAGUCACAGAGGAGAGAAGCCAUAUUCAUGUUCAGAAUGUGGGAAAUGUUUUAUGAGUAAGUCAGAGCUUGUUAUACAUGAAAGAAUUUACACAGGAGAGAAGCCAUAUUCAUGUUCAGAAUGUGGGAAAUGUUUUGUGAGUAAGUCACCUCUUGUUAUACAUGAGAGAAUUCACACAGGAGAGAAGCCAUAUUUAUGUUCAGAAUGUGGGAAAUGUUUUAAAAGUAAGACAGAGCUUGUUGUACAUAAAAGAAUUCACACAGGAGAGAAGCCAUAUUCAUGUUCUGAAUGUGGGAAAUGUUUUAAAAGUAAGACAGAGCUUAUUAAACAUGAGAAAAUCCACACCAUAGAGAAGCCAUAUUCAUGUUCUGAAUGUGGGAAAGAUUAUAAAACUAAAGGAAGUCUUAUUAAACAUGAGAGAUUUCACACAGGAGAGAAGCUAUUUUCCUGUUCAGAAUGUGGUAAAUGUUGUAUAAGUAAGUCAACUCUUGAUAUACAUGAGAGAAUUCACACUGGAGAGAAGCCAUAUUCAUGUUCAGAAUGUGGGAAAUGUUUUAUGAGUAAGUCAGCUCUUGUUAAACAUGAGAUAUUUCACAAAGGAAAGAAUCCAUUUUCAUGUUUAGAAUGUGGGAAAUGUUUUAGGAGUAAGUCAGUUCUUGGUAUACAUGAGAGAAUUCACACAGGAGAGAAGCCAUAUUCAUGUUCAGAAUGUGGGAAAUGUUUUAAAAGUAAGUCAGAGCUUUUUGUGCAUAAGAGAAUUCACACUGGAGUGAAGCCAUAUUCAUGUUCAGAAUGUGGGAAAUGUUAUUUAAGCAAAUCAAACCUUGUUAUACAUGAGAGAAUUCACACAGGAGAGAGGCCAUAUUCAUGUUCUGAAUGUGGGAAAUUUUUUAAAAGUAGCACAGAGCUUGUUACACAUGAGAGAAUUCACACUGGAGAGAAGCCAUAUUCAUGUUCAGAAUGUGGAAAAUGUUUUAAAACUAAAUCACAACUUUCUGUACAUGAGAGAAGUCACACUGGAGACUGAUAGAUGAAAUAAUAAAUGAUAAAAAUAUAAUAUGGGGAAUGGAAAUCUGAGAUCUCAGGUGACAGUAAAAUGUGAUGUUUCUAAGUUCUGUUGUGAGAAUUAACCCUCGAAUAAACUUCAUAAUGAAACCUAA